AUGAAGGAAGAGACCAAGCCCAAGCUGGUCUUUUGGCUCUGCGCCAUCCAGUUUAUCGCCUCGGUGCUGAUCCUCGGACUGAACAUCCCCCCCAGGAUGUUCGUGCGCCUCCACGGCGGUCCCGAUAAGCUCGUCGAAGGCCGCCUGACCCAGCUGCGCCAAAUCAACGGCUCCGGCUUCGACCUCGACCUGUGGUCGGUUGAGCUGGCUUGCUGGUCUGGCGUUUGCGGUAUCUUGGUCUUCCUAGCAUUGCUGAUCGCCAUCUGCUGCCUUGGCUGGACCCGGCUCGUCCGCAAGAUCCGCAACCCGACCUCACUGACGGCGAAGGAAUACCACUCGAUGCGCUACAUGCCGGCAAAGAUGGUUUUUCUGCACCCUCGCGUCAUCAUCAGCGCCUGCCUCUUGCUCAACUUGUUCUUCGCUGCUACAGCAUGCGUCGCUGUCUUCGUCAACAAUGCUGCCUCUGAUCACUUGGAUACCAGUGACACUAGCGGCCCCAGGUGGCUGGGUACGUUCGACAUCGAGGUCUACCUCUGUGAGCUCGUGCCGUGGUGGAUCCGCGACGGACCUGAAAUGGCCCUCAUGCUGACCCGCGAGCGUUGCAUGCUGGCAAUCGGCGCUCGCUGGCUCACGCUUUUCUCCUCGGUCCUCAGCGUUGUUCAGUUCUUUGUUGGCGUUUGGGUUGUCGACACCAUCUCUCGGCCCCUAAGCCCGGCAUCAGAGAAGCGACGCGUCCGCCCAUGGGACUCCAGCAUUUACGCUCCAUCCGCGCGCACCGUCAGCCCCAAGUCUAUCCUUUCUGUCGCCAAUGCCUCCAUCAUUUCGCCAUACCCAGGCGCAAACACACUCCAAGGGAACGGUUCGGCUCUCGUGUUUGACUUCGGUCUAGAAGUGGGCGGCAUCGUACACCUCUCCUACUCCGCAACCGGUACCGGUGUCCUCGGCCUGGCCUUUAGUGAAGCAAAGAACUGGAUCGGCCUCACGUCAGACUCGUCCAACGGCCUGUUCGAAGCCGGCGAUGGCGCCAUCUACGACACGCCGUUCAAUACCGCCGCCGCGAGCAACCGUAGCUAUGUUAUGCCUGACGAGAAACUGCGCGGAGGCUUCCGGUACCUAACGCUCUUUCUGCUCACCAACUCAACGGCCGCAACGUCGAUAGACAUCGGGGAUGUGCAAUUAGAGCUCGCCUUCCAGCCAACGUGGGCGAACCUACGCGCCUACCAGGGCUAUUUCCACAGCAGCGACGAGCUACUUAACCGCGUGUGGUACGCGGGGGCGUACACGCUGCAGACUAACGCGGUUCCCGUGAAUACUGGCCGCGCGUGGCCCGCUAUGAGCGCCGGUUGGGCCAACAACGGUUCCCUUGCCAACGGCAGCACCGUCAUCGUGGAUGGUGCGAAGAGGGACAGGGCGGUUUGGCCAGGUGACAUGGGCGUCGCUGUACCAGCAGCUUAUGUGAGUACGGGUGAGCUGGAGAGUGUGAGAAAUGCGCUGCAGGUGAUGUACGAUUAUCAGGAGGCCGAUGGUGCCAUCCCUGAAGCAGGCCCGCCGCUGCUACAAAAGGGGAGCGACACGUACCACAUGUGGACAAUGAUCGGCACGUACAAUUACGUACUGUACACUGGCGACUUGGGUUUUCUGGGGCUAGUGUGGGAUCGGUAUAUCAAAGCCAUGGACUACGUCUACGCCAAAGUCGACGGCUCCGGGCUUCUCAACGUCACUGGCACCCGUGACUGGGCACGAUGGCAGCAGGGCUGGAAUAACACCCAGGCAAAUAUUAUCCUCUAUCACACCCUUACCACUGCAGCCACGCUCGCCGACUGGCACACCAACACCACCAACAGCACGCUCAGCAGCACCUUUCUCUCGCGCGCCUCCUCGCUCCGCGCCGCCAUCAACACCCACACCUGGGACGCCUCCGCCUCCCUCUACCGCGACAACGCCACGCUCACCACGCUCCACCCCCAAGACGCGAACGCCCUCUCCCUCUACUUCUCCGUCGCCCCACCCAACCAGACCUCCGCCAUCUCCGCCGCGCUGACGCAGCACUGGACAGCCAUCGGCGCCGAGCCACCAGAACUACCAGGCAACAUCUCACCCUUCAUCUCGUCGCUCGAGCUGCACGGCCACAUCGCGGCGGGGGCCGCCACGCGCGCGCUCGACCUGGUGCGCAGGUCGUGGGGCUGGUACGCCGACCACGCCAACGGCACGGGCGGCUCGACCGUCAUCGAGGGCUACCGCACCGACGGCACCUUCGGGUACCGCGCCGAGCGCGGCUACGGCCACGACCCCAGCUACGUCAGCCACGCGCACGGCUGGAGCGCCGGCCCUACCAGCGUGCUGACCGAGGGCAUCGUCGGGCUCGCCGUGCGCGACCUCGCCGGCCGGAAGUGGGCGCUGCGGCCGCUGUGGGGGGAUCUGGAGUUUGCGAGGGCUGGGUUCACGACGCCGUGGGGGAAGUUUGAGGCCGGGUGGGAGAGGGGUGAGAAUGGGACGACUGUGGUGUGGUGGAGCGCGCCGGAAGGUACGGUGGGAGAGGUGGUGGUGGGGAGCUUGGGGUCCGUGGGCGAGGUGACGCUGGAGGACGAUGGGGAGGCGGUUGAGGGGGUCGAAGUUGGUGAUGAUGGGAUUGUGAGGGUGGAGGUGGUGGCGACGGGUGGCGAGUAUAAGAUGGUCAUAAGCUAA